CUGGGUGUAGUAGAAGAGUAUCCCGAUGUGGAUGGUGCAGUGCAUUGCGUAGCAUUCUUCAGUGAGGACAGGCGCCUUUUAAACGCUAAUAGGGAUUAUAGUUUCACCUCCGGAAAUGCCCGAUGUCGUCAUUGGGAACACGCAGUAGAAUUGCUUUCCUAUCGAAAAUGGAAAAGCAUGCUCUUCUAUGGACUAAAGCGGGAAUAUCAACCUUACAACAAUUUGAUGGGGGAAACUAGAAGAGUCCCUUUAAGAUGACACGCACAGACCCACCUGACAUACUGGUAUCAACUGUGUAUCAAGAUAUAAAAGUUAAUCUAAUUUCUUCGCACUCAAAAGCCUCUCCUCUCUCUAAACAAUGUGAUUCCCCAAACCACAACACACUGGAGGACAAUCAGGAUAACGUCAACAAGAGGCACUGUCGUACCUUUGACUACAAGUCACUGGAGUACCCCAAAUCCACCAAAUCUUCAAUGGAAUACCCAUACAGGAAGGCUGACAGGCAUGCAGCCCAUCCAGAUGUUGCCUGGAAUGCAUUGGGCCGCCAGCAGGUAUACCGCUUUUCUGCACCAGACAUUUUCAGCCAUAGACUCACCCCUCAACCACUAACCACAGAGAUGGCACGGGAAGAGGUUGUACCUGAGCAAAAGAGAAGGGCCAGAUCAAAAAGUGCCACCCGAGUUCAGACCAACCUCACGCCUCUCUCUUUUGAAGGCUCCCCAUCCAUGGGAAGAAGAGGCAGGGAGGCCCAACGGGCUCCACGGAACCCUAACUGGAGACCUGAGGUAUCACCACGUAGGGAGUCCUCCUACGCAGCAACCAGGGCUCUCAUGCAUGAGGUGCAUCCCAUAAAGCUGCAGCCCCAGAGGGCCGAUGUAAGCCACUAUUCGCCUUUCUAUGUUGCAGACAAUGCAGAAGAGGGAGGGCCAGACAAGCCAGCAACAAGCCCUCAUGUCAGGUGUCGGGUAGACAUCAAACCGGACAUGGCCAUCCCGAAACAUUCUGGACGAAAACCUGUGACUGCCAGAGUUGACAUACCCUGGCAGAGGUACCAUAGUACCGGAAGUAGAAGUUUGACAGUGCCUCGCCAUUUCUCCACGUCAAGGACACCAACUCCCACUGACUCAUUCAGUGGAGAGUACAGGCAAGCAUACCAGUAUUCCCACAGCAUGCCAAAUAGUUACAUUCAGCCAAUGGAGAUCCCUCUGCAAAGAAUGCCUUCGUCUGGUGAUUAUUAUGGUAGGGAACGCAGGGCACAUUCCAGCCCCAAUGUGCCAACCAAGUUCUUUUAUGCAGAUGACCCAGGAAGGUAUGUGGCCAUUGCCCCUACUAAGCCAAGGACUUACUAUCAGGAGGAAUGCUACGACAUACAUAGUCAAAAUCCUACUCCCAAAGUGCAGUAUGUCCAGGAUCCAAGGACUCGAAUGGUGCACACUGUACCUACCCGAUCAUAUUUUUCUGAAUUAGAGCCUUACCCAUACCAAGUGCAAGCUGCAUAUUCAAAGGCAUAUACAGCAAGUGAGCCAGGGACAUAUAUUAUCCAGACACCACCAACAAGAACAUUAUUUGGGGAAGAUCCAAGGACUUAUCAACUUCAAACAGGGCCACCAAGAAUUUUCUAUGCGAAUGGCAUGUAUACAACCCCACCAGAGCAUCACAUUCCGGCAAGGGCAUAUUACACAGAGCGUCAUAAACGUGCACAAGUUGUUCAGCAACAACCAGACGACUGGUAUGGCUCGGAUGCAUCUGGUUAUUCCACCCAUCCAGCAUCAUAUGUCUCCCAGGUCACUCCAACCAGAGUUAGGCAAGAGACAAUGCCAACACCUUGGUAUGCUAAUCCAUGCAUGGAGCCACCACGAAUUGGUACUGACGGAAGACCGUACUCAAGGUCUUGGGACAAUAUUCUCAACUCUCGAGUGGAGAGGGAGCAGCCCUUGCCUGUUCAGAGAGGUCGAAGUUAUGAAAACCUUCUUGCUCAAGAGAAGCGAAAUUCUGCCAUGGAUGAUAAACCACAGCCGGUGGUUGUUAAUCUUUCAACUUCACCAAGACGUUACGCAGCUUUAUCCUUGUCUGACAAUUCUUUAAUUGAUAAGAGUCCAACUGAAACAGCAAAGAGCACAGCCAGCAAACUUUGGUUUGUCACUCCUGAGAUCACCAUAACUGAUAAUGACAUUAGACCAGGCAACCUCAGAAAGUCUGAAGGACGAUCUGCUAGUUGGGAUGUGCUGGACUCAAGAACUGCUGUGUCUCAAGAAGCUACUCAGCUAGAAACAAUGUCCUGCUCUGUGGACUCCACCAAAGAAAAGACACACAACAGCGCCUCACUCCAGCAAAGCCUGGAGCAACUCGAUGAGCUACUCGCAGACCUUGUUACUGACUACAAGCCUCCCACUCGGAGAGCAAGUGAAGACCUUCUAGACCAACUCAAGAAAUUGAUUGAUGAAGAAGAGGCAGCAUCUCUUUCCAGAAAGGGCUCAAAGGCAGGGUCAGAAGAACCAGGACCACUAGACAAGCAGCCCACCUCUAUACGAAUUAAUCCUGAUGCACUUCGAGACAUAGACGGUGGCAGCGAUGCCAUGAGGAGUGCAGAUGAAUGUUCUCCAGAUCAGAGUCCGGAUGAGGAUGACACCAUGAUGUGUUCAAACAACAAAUGCAGAAGGACAGAGACCUUAUUCAAUGCUUGUCUCUACUUCAAAUCCUGUCACAGCUGCUAUACCUACUAUUGCUCACGCAAUUGUCGCAGGGAAGAUUGGGACAUUCAUAAAGAAAGUUGUCUGUACGGACGAAUCGGCAGCGUGUGCCGUCACAUCAUUAAGCACUGCCGCGAGACUGUCGAGGUGCACAAAGCCUUCUCCCGCAUUGCCAAAGUGGGCUUUCUUUCCAGAGGAAGAGGAGUCCUUUUCUUGGGUUUUCCAAACCCAGGGUCAUCCAGUAACUUCCUGCAACAUGGCCUAGAAAGUCUCUUAAUGUCCCCUACUUACUUGUCCCUUCGAGAACUGGACAGCUUCAAGGACAACCUGGGGGAGUAUUGCAAGGAGCUCCAAGAGGCUGGUACAGAGUACGACCCAAAUGAAUGUUUCCUUUUGAAUGUAUCCAUUGCAGUCGGUGACCAGUUGCCUGAUGGACCAUCGCCAAGGAACCAAGCCCCAACCGUCAGAAAAUAUGCCAAGGUGGCUCUGGCAUCCUUUAGCCCAGAGAGGAAGGUUCACAAGAAAGAAAGUGACAUGGAAACAUUGAUCCUUACACCACCACCUGGCACAGCUGAUAUUGACAAAGAGGGAGAAGAGGGCAGGAAGGCCAGAGAAAUCUGCUUUAUCAACAUCCAACGGGAGCUAAGAAUCCGAGGUGUUUUCUUACGCCACGAAUAUCCACAGGUCUAUCAGCAGCUUUGCGAGUUUGUGGAAAGCAACAGAAGGUUCACGCCUACAACCAUUUAUCCUAUUGACAAGAGGACAGGUAAGCAGUUCAUGUGCAUGAUCAUGGCUGCCUCUGAGCCUAGAACACUCGACUGGGUAGGCACCCCCCAUCUUCUUGAUGACAUUAUUUAAGUGCACCUUUUGUUGUAAAUAUAUAUGUAUAGAAAUACAUAUAUAUUGUUAUACAUAUCUAUAUAUCAAGCCUAUUUAUUAUAAAUGUUUGUAGAUAUGUAUUUUAUUAUUGAAGAAACUCAUGUCUAUGAUGCCAGUAUUAUUUAUUAUCAGAAUAUUGGACACAUGCAAAAUGAGUAGUACAUACUUUUAAAAAGGAAUACGCCAUUUAAUUACUUUUUCACUACAUGAAUGAGAGGCCAAGUCAUUCCCAAACUCUGCAUUAAUCAUGUUGGGGUUUUGCCCAUCAUUUUUCCAUUUUGAUUUAAUAAGAACUAUAAAUCAUUAUUUUAUCCAUUCUUGAAAUUAUUGGAAUGGUAGUCCUUUCCUGUGAUGAAAAAACUAAGUGACUUUUGCAUAAUGGAUCACUCAUGGUAUGGCUAUUGGUAUAUUAUUUUCUUAGCUACACAAACACUUUCUAUGCAAAGUAUGGGUUAACUGAUCACAUUCCUUUUGCUGUUGACAACCAUAACAUGAAGAAUUGUACGGUUUUGAUUACAUUAUAUUAUUAUGACAUACCACAGCACAAAGCUACUCCCCUGAAAAUUACAUUUUUGUUUGAAAUUAAAAUGAGAUUGGAAUGAUCGGGAUAAUGUGUUCCUCAAAAUGAGUAAAAAACGGAAAGUUAGCUACUCUUAUCCUUUUAAAGGGUAGCUGCACUAUCACUGCAUACUGUAGAUGGUAGUGUUGUAAAUUAACUUAUUCCUUUAAGUGAUUUUACUGAUGUGACUUUCAACUUGAAGUUUAAUUCAGUGGUGCUUUAAUGUUUUCUUGGUAGAAUUACUGGAGCAAUAUUUGACAAAAACGUGUAGAUUAAUGAUGGGUCGGUUGUCUGCCACACACAUUAGGUGUUCGCUUAUACUGUUAAAUUUGAAACACUGUGAAUAGAAAAAAGUUUAAUGUUCAUCCACUUUAGACAAAAUGGUUAGUGCACUACUGAUAAAUCAUGCAAUUUCCUUUAAGCUAGUUAUCAGUUAUUAUAAUAGCUAUACUUUCUCUUAAGUACAAUAUAUAAACUCGUAAGUGAGAUUUGCAGGUACAGUUUUUGUCCUUAAAAAAGGUGAGCCAAAUCUGGCAAGUUUAUCUGUAUGGUAUGUAAAGUUUAAAAUGCUUGAAAAUGAUGUUAGUUGUGUAUUUGUGCCACACUAGUUCUAUUAUGUUUGUAAUUUUUGGGGGGAGAGAAAACAUGAAACCUAAGAAAGGUUAUAUUGCCUCAUGUUUGAUAUGUUAUUUAGCCUCAUUGGAAAAUAUGUUUGGUACACAGCUACACUUUGUCAACCGCUAACAAGCUAACCGUAGCUUAUUGUCAAGCUUUUUGUUUUUGGAUUGACAUAAAUAGAGUAUGCAUCAUUUAUCAACACUUCCUAAAGACAAACUACUGUUGAGCCUGUAGCACAGAUAUAUUUAUGUUAUACUUUUUGGCUGACUAAAUGUACAAAUGCAAGAAGAAACUUACUGCACGUAAUUCUAUUUUUAUUCUCAGAUUUUAUCAUAGCAUUGAUAAUAACCUGCUCGAUUAUGUAAUUUUUUAUAGUUGUAAACAAUGCUAUACAGGAUAUUUUCAUUGUCAGCCAUUCAAGUGAAAAUGUGAGAGUGAAGAAAAUGAGAAGACCUCAAAUUAAAAUAUCUAGAAAAGGUUAUUGUAUUUUUUCUACCUUUCUUCAUAUGUGUCUGAUUGUGUGCUAUUUAUAAUAUAUAUCUAAUAAAUGACAUGGGAAC